UCAAAUUUGUACAGUGUUGUACUCCUGUUGGAGAUGCUCUAAACCCUAGCCACAAAAGAUCUUCCCCUUCAAUCUCACCUUCUUCCUUCCCUCCCACCGGCCCCUUCAAAAGAACCAAGCUAACACUUAUAGCUUGUACCGAACCAAAUAAACCCCCAGUUUGAAAUACACAGAGGCACUGACAAGCACACAUGCGCGAGCUUCUUCUACUCUCUUCACCAGUUCGGCUCCAUAUCUUCAUCCAACUACUCCUGUUGCUGCUGCCGGUUCUCCGCUCUUCUACACUUCCCAUCAACUGUCACACCGAUGGUGAAGAAGCAACCAUUGAGCUCGCUCUUCUACCCCGCCAACUCGGCCAACAACGACACUCCGCCGUCGUCGCCUCCCACUCCGACGGCCACCCCACAAGCAUGGAUGUGGCCGUCGUGCAAGAACCCAACCGCUCAUUCCUUCCGGUCCCCGUCCGCUUCUGCGGCGGCAGCGGUGGCAGCCAAGAACACCGCAUCCCUUUUCGUUGACUCCGCCGAGUCCUCCUCCUUCACCAACUCCUCCGCGCGCAUGCACCACGACUGUGCCGCCUCCGACAGCCUCUCCACGGAGUCCGAAGCCUCCGGCGCCGCGGCCGAGGACAUGGCUGACGCCAUAGUCCGCGGUCUCCGGUCCGACCGCCUCCGCUUCGAGCCCCGCGCGCCCUCUAGCUCCAUCCUGGAGAGGAAGCCACCUCCAGCACCCGCGCGCGGUCAUGAGGCUGCGGGGGCGAUGUCGUUCGGCGGCGGCGUCGCGGUGGCGUUCGAGUCCGCGGACCCGUACCGGGACUUCCGGUCGUCGAUGGAGGAGAUGAUGACGGCGCACGGCGCGGGCGACUGGGACUGGCUGGAGAAGAUGCUGGGGUGGUACCUCCGCGCCAACGGCAAAGGCACCCACGCCGCCAUCGUCAGCGCGUUCGUCGACCUGGUCGUCACCACGACGGCCAGCUGCUCCUCCGGCCACUCCUCCUUCACGCUCGCCGGGAGCGACCUGGAGAGCAGCAGCGCCGGCCGCAAUGGAUCUUUCCGCCUGAGGUGAACCAAAUCAAUCUCAGGCUUUCAGCCGCUCAGCUACGUGUCCGCCCGACUGCGUGUGCUACGUGGCGUGCAGGUGUUGUGGGGCGCGGGAGGUUCGUGGAGGCGGUCUCCAGUGACGCUGGAGCAGGCCGUGACGACGUCGAAGUACAGGGGCGCGGGUGGCAGGGGUACGCUGCCGGAGUUCGUCGGCGCGAGCGGGGACGAGGGCAUCUUCCGCGUGCCGCUACAGCGGCCAUGCACCUUGGCUGCUCGCCGGAGUUCAAGGUGCGGCUCCACCCGGCGCUGGAGACGCAGGUGAGCUCCUUCCAGCGGACGCUCGCUUGCGAGCCGCACCUUCGCCAGCUAUGGGCAGGGGCGGAGUCCGGGCUUCGGGUAUGCGACGAGCGGGGAUGCCUCUAUCCGACUGGAUCUGGACGAACUUGGCGGCGGCGAGGUGGUUCCAAGCGAGAAGGUGCGCGGCGGCCGGUUGGUGAGUUGCGGCUGGUCCGCGUGCGCGCGCGCGGGUGGGGUGGGGGGCAGCGCCAGCUCCGAGAAGAUCGAGACCCACCGCCGCAUGGCAGCAGGCCGCUCCUCGGCCGGGCGCAGGGGCGGGACAGGCGGCGUCCCCUGCCUCGCCCUUGGUGCGGCAACGGCGAUGACGGGCCUCUGCCUCAGCCGGGGUCGGGACGGGCGGCGGUCGAGGUCGGGCCGGCCGGUGGCUGUGGUCGGGACGGACGACGGCGCGGCUCUGCCACGGCUCGGGACGGGCGGCGGUGUAGUGAAGAUAAGAUGAACCCUUUUUCUCUUCCAAUGACAUGUGGACCCCAUAGGGCCACACAUGAUGAUAUAAUAGUACCAAACGUCGCCGUUACAUGUGAGAUGUUAAGCGGUGCCACGUCAGCCUGACUGGCGGGCCCUACCUGUCAUAAACUCACUUAACAUGGUCAGAUCCGCCGAUCAGUGGUUUUUGCAAAA